GCGGCUCGGAGCCUGGCCAGCUGGUACCCACGCGCCCCGCGUUCCCCUGGCGCUGCUUUCCAGGGAAUUUCUUCAGACCUUUGGCUGGCCAUGUGGCAAGUUCAAGUUCCUCAUCAAGUAGUGCUACAGCCUCCAGAGAACUCCUCCGGUCAGUCCUGAGCGCUCUCACGGCAGCCCCGAGCCUGGAAAGAUGGUGUCCCAGUCCUCAGGCCAGCAGGAUCCCCCUGUGGACGCCUGGGAAGGGAUCGGCGGAGCCUCCAGCAACGCGGAUGCUUCCCCCAGCCUCCUGGACGCCGGGCAGCCCCACUGCCAGUUAGAUGUCAGGUUCACGAGGCACAGGGCUGCCUGGAUUAACCCCCAGUGUGUGCAGCAACAGCUGCAGGACCCGCCUUCCCAGGUGCCAGCGGUGGGGAACAGUGCCAGCCACGCGGCGGCAGAUGCUGCCCCUCCCUCAGACCCAUCACCCCUGCCCCUCAGGGGCGCCCCUGAAGAGACAACGUUUUCUGAGGACGCUGCAGACUCCAGGGGCAGUGCCUCUGCCCGUGGCUCAGGCAUGAAGAGCGGCGGCUUCUCUUGGACUGAAGAACAGGUGGCUCUCCCAGGGUGUUCUCGUCAUGCAUCUUUCCCGACCACGUCCCCGUAUCCUGAGGUUGACCAUGCGUUAUUGGAGCCUUUGCACCUGACAGUUUCUGCUGCUGAAGCAGGUGCUGCUCAAGUCCGUAGAAGAACCAUUUCUUUGAACUCCUUCUCACCAGAGGCAUUCAUGCUGCCUGUUGAUGUAGAAAAGGAAAAUGCCCACUUUUAUGCGGCAGAUAUGAUUAUAUCAGCAAUGGAGAAGAUAAAGUAUAACAUCAUGAGUCAACAACAGGCAGAGAGCUGGAGAGUUGAGGAAGCCAGCGCUUUGCUUGAGCACAGAAAGGCUGACCCUGAAGCAAUAGCUCCUGACACAAAGGAAGAACCCAGCUCCUCCACUUCUUCAGACAGUGGCUAUGAAGGCUGUGCUGUGUUGCAGGUCAGCCCAGUGCCUGAAACACCUGCUUUCUCUGAUGUGGUGAAAGAGGCCUGCAAAUGUGACUUUGAUGACUUUGUUAUUUUAGAACUUGGAGAGCUUAAUGACAUCAUAGAAACCUGUAGAUGUUCCUACAGCUCCUCUAGGAGCUUCACUUAUGAGCCAGACUUCAAUUCUGCCGAACGGUUAGCCAAAGAGUUGUACCAGGUGUUCCGGAAGUGCUGGAUGCUGUCGGUGGCUAAUUAUCAGCUUGCAGGUUCCCUGGAUGCAGCCGGCUCCAUAGUGGUAAAUGAAGAUCGUGUUCGGCAAGACUUUGAAGCCAGUGUGGAUAUAGUCGAGGAAAUUAAACUUAAGUCUAGGAUCCGAGGGAUUGAAGACUGGGCCCCACCUAGAUUUCAAAUCAUCUUUAAUGUUCAUCCACCACUCAAGAGGGACCUGGUGGUAGCAGCCCAGAAUUUCUUCUGUGCCGGCUGUGGCACGCCAGUGGAGCCGAAGUUCGUGAAGCGGCUCCGGUACUGUGAGUACCUGGGGAAGUAUUUCUGCGACUGUUGCCACUCCCAUGCCGAGUCCUGUAUCCCCGCCCGGAUCCUGAUGAUGUGGGACUUCAAGAAGUACUACGUCAGCAACUUCUCCAAACGGCUGCUCGACAGCAUAUGGCCCCAGCCGAUUUUCAAUUUGCUGAGCAUCAGUCAAAGUCUCUAUGCCAAGGCCAAGGAACUGGAGAGGGUGAAGGAAAUCCGGGAGCAGCUUUUUCAUAUCAAGAAGCUGUUGAAGACUUGCAGAUUCGCGCACAGUGCAUUAAAGGAGUUUGAGCAGGUUCCCAGACACCUGACUGAUGAGCUCCACCUGUUCUCCCUGGAGGACCUGGUCAGGAUCAAGAAGGGGCUGCUAGCACCCUCACUCAAGGACCUUCUGAGAGCUGCCCUCACGCAUGUGGCCAGCUGCGAGCUGUGCCAGGGCAAGGGCUUCAUCUGUGAGUUUUGCCGGAGCACGACCGUCAUCUUCCCAUUUCAGACCACGACGUGCAGAAGAUGUUCAGUGUGCAGGGCGUGUUUCCACAAGCAGUGCUUCCAGGCCUCCCAGUGCCCCCGGUGUGCCAGGAUCACAGCUAGGAGAAGACUUUUGGAAAACUUACCCUCUGCAGCAACGUAACAGCCCUGGGUACUGUGAAAAAAGACUUCGACAGACCUUAUGAUACCACUGAUUUGUGUCUGUUUUUG